UACAUAUUACUUUCUCACUUAAGAACUACUUCUCUUCGUCAAAACAAAUAUACCGCCAACAUGCCUCACCAGUACAUGGUCAGCCUCAAGAAGGAGUCUCCCCCUGAGGAACUCGAGAAGGCCAAGAAGACUGCCACUGAUAACGGAGGCAAGAUCGUGAAGGAAUUUGCUCUGGUCAAGGGUUUCGUUGUCCAAUACGACGAUGAACAAGUCUCCACCCUCCAGUCCUCCGACCACAUCCACGUCGAGAAAGACAGCGAAGUCUCGAUCCAGUAA